AUGCAUCCAAGUCCUUUGUCCAUCAUCAACUAUGAACAUGAAGACCAUCACAAACAAGCAUCUAGAAUGGAAAUGAAGCUCGUAAACUUUCUGUGGGAUUUUAAUUCACCAUGCAACGGACAAGCAAGAUGUCGUUUACCAGUUGGUGAGUGUGAGGAACAAACCUUUGAUAUGUAUAUGUGUCGUACAAUGAAACCACAUAUGUACACAAGAAUAGAACAAUAUUCUCCUUGGAUCAAUCGAACAGGAGACACUGAAAUCAAUCGUCACAUAAUAUAUGAAUUUGAAUAUCCAAAUUUUCCUUCCUUUGGAGAUGGUGAAUGGGCCAAAAAUUAUAUGACCGUAAAUCAAAAGAAUGUUGGUGAUAAUCUUAGAAAAAGAUUCCAAGUUGAUUUAAGUGAAGAUUUCGACAAUAUUCCUUACCGUUGCAUUGUAUCAAAGUUGGUGAUCUCUUACGACACCAGAUUGGAAUUAUAUUAUGCCUACUUGUGUCAUUGGGUUCAAGUGAAGGAUGGAAAAUAUUGGAUUGAGAGCUUUUGA